UUCCACCGAAGAAGAAGACGUGCGGAAGUACGGCUUCCAAACAUAUUCCAGUUGGAGGAGUAAAAACACAGCAGAGCGCCGUCUUUCCGUUAAAAAGAGCUCAAAUCUCGGACUGACCGUUUCUUAGCAAGACAAUGGGCACUAGAGAUGAUGAAUACGAUUACCUGUUCAAAGUGGUCCUGAUUGGAGACUCGGGGGUGGGAAAGAGUAACCUGCUGUCCCGCUUCACCCGGAACGAGUUCAACCUGGAGAGUAAGAGCACCAUCGGAGUGGAGUUCGCUACGCGCAGCAUCCAGGUGGACGGAAAGACGGUGAAGGCUCAGAUCUGGGAUACAGCCGGCCAGGAGCGCUACCGAGCCAUCACGUCAGCGUACUACCGCGGAGCGGUGGGAGCUCUGCUGGUCUACGACAUCGCCAAGCAUUUAACCUAUGAGAACGUGGAGCGCUGGCUGAAGGAGCUGAGAGAUCACGCCGACAGCAACAUCGUCAUCAUGCUGGUGGGCAACAAAAGCGACCUGCGCCACCUCCGGGCCGUUCCCACCGACGAGGCCCGGGCUUUUGCUGAGAAGAAUGGUUUAUCUUUUCUGGAGACGUCGGCUCUGGACUCCACCAACGUCGAGACGGCCUUCCAGACCAUCCUGACAGAGAUCUACCGUAUCGUCUCCCAGAAGCAGAUGUCGGAGCGCCAGGAGAGCGACAUGUCGCCUAGCAACAACGUGGUCAACAUCCAGGUGCAGCCCACCGAGAACAAACCAAAGAUGCAGUGCUGUCAGAACAUCUAACCGGGCCACGAUCUGCUGCUCCCUCCUCCCCCACCUCCCCUCCCCCCCUCCAGCUCACAGCCCCUCCCCCCUCAGAGAAUAGACUGCCUCGGCUCGGCGCGGUACUCACCUGUACCCGCCUCCCUCUAGCUCCUCCCCCUCCCCAGGUAACUAUAUCCAGUAUAAGACGAAGUCACCGACGGGUGGCCCCCCCCCAGCAGAGCCCCUGUGUCUCUAUUCGACUGCAGGACAGCAGGCAGCAGGCAUUUCAUAUCACAUUAGAUUUCAUUCCUAUAGAUGCGCUGACAUGUCACGGAAAUGUCUUAAUAUAUGAAUGUGAUUUGUUUUCUUCUCUUCUUGCUCUGUGCUGUUGAUUUCUCCACCUUUUUUAAUAAUCUCUGUCUUUUACCAUAUAUCUACUCUUUAGGUAUAUAUGAAUUUAAAGCACAUGGAAGUUGCUCUGAAGUGUAUUCCUCUAUACAAGCUCCUCCCUGUCGUUUUAGCCCCCCCUCUUUUGUGCAAUGUACUGUUUUGGAAACCACGUGGAUGUACGGAGCGCCGCUGUGCUCCAGUAGUGUCGCACCGUUCCAUCGGAUUGCUGUGAAUAUGAUGCUAGAAUCAUUUACCAAGCUUCAGUUAGCGCCGUGGGAAGGCCGGGUGUUAGCUAGCUAGCAUGUAGCGCUCAGCCUGGCGAGCUUCGGGCGGGUUCGGUCUGGCUUUGCAUGUGUUUUUAAUCGAAGGCUGCGCUGCAUGGUGGAAGACUAAGUGGAACACUACCAUUGCCUUGAGGGUGUGUCGUUUUUAGGAAAGCUGCACACGACUCCUCUACGUUCGGGGUUUCAUGUCGUCCUACAUUAAGUCCCGAUGAGGCUUUGUACACGGAAAGAAUGAACACGCGAUCAUCCAUCGGGCCUUCCUGCUCCAACAUUAAGAAAACGUGUUAAUUUUUGACAUACGAGGGCCGAUCAGAAAGUUCAGAGACUGACCAUGAUGUAAGUGAUGCUCUGCUCCCAGUGCUCCUGCAACACCGUUAACCUCCAACUGAGAUGAGCUGGAUCUUCUAAACGAAACCCUUCAACUUGAAUUUCAUUUUGGGGAGACUGAUUAAAUUGCUAACCUGCUGAAUGGGAUGCUUUAGGUUGUUGUGGCCAAAAAACACUAUUUGGACGUCCACAUGCCACAAUUUAGGUGCUCUGUUCUGAAUGUAGCCCCUCAGGAUAUUACACUGCUGUCAAAAGGCUCAAAGACUGCACCUAUGAAAGUCAAAAAAACACACCUGAUUUCAGUUUUGCCAUCAUCCCUGUUAAAGUGUCUGCUUGUGCAGAGCUGCUCUGCUCCCAGAGCUCCUGCAACAACUGGAACGCUCCCUGGAAGUCCCCAUGCCACAGUUCAGGUGGUUUGUUACGAAUGUAGACCCUCAGAUACUUUGGAUAUUACAGUGCUGUCAAAAAAUUUAAAAAAAAAUCAAAAACCACACUUCAUUUCAAUUUGGUCUCCAUCCCUAUUAAGGUGCUGCUCUGCUCCUAGAGUUCCUGCAACACCUGGAACUCUCCUUGGAUUUCCUCGUGCCACAGGUUUGCUCUGAAUGUACAGUCAGACACCUCAGGACAAUACAGUGCUGUCAAACAUUUGGCUCAGUCUGUGUUUCUAAAAAUCAAAAAACUGAUUUCAAUUUGGCCAUCAUCCCUGUUAAAGGGUCUCCUUGCUCUGCUCCCAGAGCUCCUGCUGCAGUUGUACUACUGUCAAGCACCAUCUGUGAUGAGCUGAGUCUCCUAAAUUAAAACUGUCAACUUGAAUUUCAUUUUACGGAAGAGGAUAAAGUUGGAAUCUGGCAACUGGGAUGGAUGAGAAGCAACGUUUAGGUUGGUGUGGCCAAAAAUCUAUCAUUGGAACGUCCACAUGCCACAGUUCAGAUGGUUUGUUACGAUUGUAGACCCUCAGACACUUUGGAUAUUACAGUGCUGCCAAAAAAUUCAAAGAAUGCGCCUGUAAAGGAAAAAAAAUAUACAUCAAAUUUCAAGUUGGCCACCAUCCCUGAUAAAGUGUCUCCUAGUGCAGUGCUGUUCUGCUCCCAGAGCUCCUGCAACACUCACAACUCUCCCUGGAAGUCCUGUUCUGUCAAACUCAACCUGUGAUGAGCUGAAUGUUACCAACAAAAACUCUUCCACUUGAAUUUCACUUUGGGGAACAGAAAGCAGAGGUCUUGGAGUUUCGUCUGGAACAUGUUUCAGGACCGUGACACGUUUGGAACACGCUUGAAUACAAACAGUCUGAACUUUGUGAUCGACACUCGUAUUUGACUACAACUAUGCAGAAACUGGCUGUUUGGAUUUUAUUCCUUGUGCACUUCUAUAGCAAAUGAAGGAAUUAAAACAGCAGAAGUAGUAUUCCUGUCUGACAUUCCUAAUAAACUCGGUAACUAAUAAUCUGUCAUCUGCAUGGAACCACAGAACCGUAGGAAGUAGAACCGGAGGUCAGAUUUCAUGAGCGUGAAAUUGUCUAAAUGUUGCACUGAACCUUAAUCUAGUAAACACACUCUUAUUUUAUAGGGUUAGAUUAUUUUUCUUUUGCUGGACCUGUUUUUUUUUUUUAUUUGUCGGAUCGCUGCAUAAGAACCAAAACGUGAGGCUGAAUCUCAGAAGUCGGUGAACGGAAGGAACGACGAGCCGGACGGAUUCAGCCACGUUCUCGCCAACUUCUGGUCAUAGUGCCUCCUUCACUUCCUGUUCACCCGCUAAUCGCUCAUCGUCCCAUCACAUAAAGCCUACGUACACCGAGCUGCCUCUGACUUCAACACAACGCAUGGCUUCCUGUGCGACGGCGCCGCGUCGUACCGCCUUACGUAGCUAACAUUCCCAUCGCUGUCCAUGAAACCUGAAGGUUAGACUAGCUGGACCGACGGACUCCAGAGGGUUCUGUUGGACCCGUAGUGCCGUUAAAGCGCCUGAACUCGGUGUGUGUCGUGUGUUUGUGGCUCUGGAGUGUCGGCCGAGGCCUGCUGGCGGCGCCAAUGGCGUUUGAUCGAACAGACGGCGCCGCCAGCCGGGCCUCUCCGGACUCAGCAGUCUUUGGACGAUUCCUUAAUCUGAGAAUCAUUCUGAACCCGUUUCAUGUACCUCCGUUCGUUUCCGUUGUAUUUUUAAGAGCUAUGUUUGAUUUCUUUUUUUUUUUACUAUAUUGAAUUCUAUAACUGACUGUAAUUCCAGUGUAAACACAUAAAACGAGUGAAAUGACGUCAUUUCAAUGAAUCUGGAGGAUUAAAUGUGAGAGGGGGGUCAAAAUGAAUGGUUUUAUGUUUUGUACAGAUUGAUAAAUUGUACAAUUGUGUCUAUAUCUUAAGUUAUCAGUUCAUCUUAAUAAAGCGCACCAGUCAUAAACCUUUA